AUGCGAUGGUUGAUGGUUUUUGUGAUCGCCGUAGUGAUAAAUGGCUUAACUUCACAAAGACCAAGACCACGACCUAGACCUAAUCCUGGUGUCAGACCUCGUCCUGUGCAAAUCUACGUCGUUCCUGUGCCAGCGGUCCGUCCGCGACCUGCACCAAUUGUCGGCCCGUUACGGACAAUUCUUGGAGUAGCUGCCGCUGCUAAUGCUAUAACCCGACCACAACCAUAUAUUGCGUACUUACCGCCGCGACCAUACGUACCAUACGUACCAUACUACCCACCACCAUACUAUCCUUAUCGUAGACAAGAGGGUAUAAUUUAG